AUGGAGGGCUUCGAUACUAUGGCGGCGAUGACACCGUACUUGGCCAGUCCAUUGGCACUUGGGAAUUUGCAGGGCUCUGAUUAUCUCAAUGCGAUGUCCGGCUUGGAUCUACCGGACCACCGUUCCAACUUCGAUUCUGAGACCUUUGUUAGUGAGGAUCUCACUUUCGCACCUCCUAAUUUGUCACAUCAACUCAGGCGCUUCUCUUCCGCAUACGAUGACCCUUUCACCGAGAUGGCGACGCCCUUUGAUCCAGCGCCCCAGGAACAACCCCAGGACUCGAUCGACCACAACAAUAAACUGUUGAGCUUUUCGCUGCCGGUAUAUCACUUCACGCUCCUCGACUAUUCCAUGCGCCAAACCAUCUUAUCGGUGUCGGCCCAGUUGCACGGGAUGUUCUUUCUUGCCGAGUCCCCCUAUACAACAUCCCCUUCGGAAAAUGCCCCGCCACAACAAGGCGCCGAGUUGACGUGUUAUCGUCGCAAUUUGUUCCAAAUUACCGGCUCAGUAACUUUGCCCCGCGGGAUGCGCUAUAUCAUGACCGAAAAAGGCGACCGAAUUCCCAUCCUCGCCCAGGAACUCACCGUAUCAGCCACAGAAUCCGUGGAAGGAAAUCCGGUGAAGAUUAUCUCGGUGCCAUGGAAGACCCCCUCGGCGGCUGCCGCUAAUUCUGGCACGGCGCCAGAGGAGAGCAACCCUAGCACUGGUGCUAAGAUCGAGAAGGAGCCUCCCCCAAUUCCCUUGGACAUCAUGGCGGGUCAGGAUCUGGAUUCGGACUACGCGACCUUCCCUAUCGCCUGGAAACGCCUACAAUUCCGUGUCGCUACCGCCAACAAUGGUCGUCGGAAGGAGCUACAGCAGCACUUUGUCGUCCGGCUCAAGGUAGUCGCAACGUUAUCCACUGGUGCGAAGAUUUCCAUCUCAGAGGUGCAGUCAGGCCCCGUCAUCGUUCGUGGCCGCAGCCCACGCAACUUCCAGUCACGCAAAGAUCUCCCUCUUAGUGGGAGUGCUGCCGCUUCGCGAAAGAAUGCCCAGGCCAGCUCUUCGAAUGCCGCCAUGAACCGCACACCAACAAGCGACACCGUCCCGCGUCGGGCCAGCGUGACUCCAGCCAAGACGAAGCCAGCUGCCCAGAGCAGCUCUCCUGAAACAACGUCUGUUCCCCCACCGAGCAUUAUGCAGCAGACUAAAGCGACACCGGAUUGGACCCCCAUCCCACAGUCCAAUUCAAGCAAUGUCAUGUCUCAUGCCCCAAAGUCCAUGUUCCCUCAUUCCAGCCCGGAGCAGCUCUCCCAGGUGCCGGACUCACAUCGCCGCGUCAAUUCCACAACAGUGGCCGCUGCCCCAAUUAAUCUGUCGUUGCUAGACGAGGAAGAAGGCGGUGACCCUAAUCUCCAUCUUGAUCAAAAGAUGGUGUCCCCUUUCGCUGCAGAGUUGUCACAUCAUCGAUCGCUGAGUCUCGACCAAUCUGCCCCGCCUUCUAAGAUGCGCAAGCUCUCUCAUGCGGUCUCUCAAACUCCCUCGCGGAGUGUUGCUUCGUCCAUGCCGUUGCUGGAGACUGCCAACCUGCCCCAGUCAUUUGCAUCGUCACUCCCCUUUCCGAACGAAAGCACUGAUCUUCUCUAUGAGUACUUCCCCCUCGGGUUGGAUGAUUGGCAAGCCCCCGUCGACGCCGUCUACCGACCACAUGUAGUGCAUCACACCAACAUGCCGGAGAUGAAAUUCGUGGCGUCCAGAGGCCGGAGCAAACGGUACUUCACUGCAGAAGAUGUGUGCUAA